CAGUACGGGAUGUAUUUGUCGCAAACGAUUGCGUCUUGUCCCGAUCCCGACGAUGGCAGUCCGUGACGCAGCGCGGAUGCAAGGCUCAAGGGUGCAGCAGCAGCCGUGAGCUCGUUUCGCGAGACCCCUGUGACCUCGCGAUGCGGUAUCGCCUCGCCCAGGCAGGCCAGCCGAUACUGUCCGAAUGGCAAGGCAGCGAGUCGAGGCAAAUUCCUUGCUAGUGUGGCGUGCGGCGCUUAUUUGGGUUUCAGGCUUCAGUCCCACGAGUGCCGAGUGGACAUCGACCGCGAAGUCAUUGCUCUGCUGAAUCGGAAUCGAGCACCGUUGAAAUGCCUCCCCUUUCGGAAAGGCCCACGCACUGCGCCGUCCUGGUGCUGCUGUGUCUGGUCAGCCUGGCCGCGCUCGAGGUGCUCGAUGUCCCCGGCGAACAUCCGGCCAAGCUGGCUCGCAGCCAGGGGUACCUCGGGGACCACCACUGGGCCACGACCGAGGACGGCUACCUCCUGAGCCUGUUCCGCAUCCGGAACGAGACCGCCCUGCGCGCCAUGGGUCGGGAGAAGAGCCCCGUGCUCGUCAUGCCGGGCUUGGCCUGCAACGCCGCCAUCUGGGUGCUCCUGGGGCCGGGGAAGGCACUUGCGUACCUGCUAGCGGACCGCGGCUACGACGUCUGGCUGGGCAACUACCGCGGCGGCAUGUACGCGCGCCGCCACGCCAACCUCACGGACCAGGAUGCUGCGUUCUGGGACUUCAGCUUCGACGACAUCGGGCGCCUGGACGUGCCCGCCCUGCUGCAGGAGGUGGUGGCGCUGAGCGGCCACCCGACCGUGGCGUACAUCGGCCACUCCAUGGGGGCGAGCGUGCUGACGGUGAUGGCGUCGUCGCGGCCGCGGUACCUGGAACGCGUCUCCCGCGCCUACCUGCUGGCCCCCGCCGCCUACAUGGGCCACGCCUUGCAGCCCGCGGUCUACGGCAGCGCCGGCGCCGUCUCCACGCUGCACGGAGGCUGGGGGCUGUUCGCGUCCGGUGAGAUCCCCCUCAACUCGUGGUGGGUCCGCGCCGCCAUCCACGGCGUCUGCUCCUCCGCCAUGGCCACGCCGCUGUGCGUCCUGCUGGGUGGCGUGUACGCGGGCCACGACAGCGAGCAGAUCAGCCAGGCGGACGUGCCCCUCUUCCUCAACUACAUUCCGGACAGCAUGUCGAUGAAGAACGUGCGGCACUUCACGCAGCACUUCGGGCGCGAGCGCGACUUUCGGCGCUUCGACUACGGUGCGGAGGACAACCUUCGGAGGUACGCGAGCGAAGACGCACCCGAGUACAACGUCAGCAGGUCCACCUUCCCGGCCUCCGUCUACUACGGCGAGAACGACUUCCUGGUCAGCCCGCGGGAUGUGUUGGCGUUUGCCGAUACUCUGCCCAAUGUGAUCAGACCGCCUUACCGAAUCCCGUACGACAAGUUCAGCCACAUCGAUUUCUUUUUGGCCAGGGAUGCGAAAGCGUUCCUCUACGACCAAAUGAUUGAGGACCUGGAUGAAGAUGAACGGCAAUUUGUGAAUAAUUAAGAAUCAUCAAAAGGUGUUCUAAAGCUAUAAGUGUUAAACUCUUGAUUGUUAUUAUUUUGAUACCGGAGCUUAACUGGUAUAUAAAUAAAGAAAAAACAAUUAAAAAUA